AUGAGAUGGAUACUGUCAUUUACUGCUGUGAUAUUAAUCGGUCUUGUUAGUGGCACGCAGUAUUUGUUUUCUGCAUAUGGUCCUGCGCUGGCCGAUAGGCUGAAUUUAUCAUCAACGCAGACCAAUGUAAUCGCUUCUGCUGGUAAUUAUGGGCUGUUUCUAUCAAGCCCUUUCAACGGCUACUUGGCUGACAACUAUGGUCCUCGAAGGGUUUGUCUGGCCGGAUCGGUAUUAAUAUCCGCAAGUUUCUUGGGUCUUGCACUGACGUACAAUGGAGUAUUGCCUUCAUCAUUCUUGUUAUGUGCUGUAUAUUUAAUGCUGACAGGAAUUGCAUCCUCAGCAGGUUUUAUGUCUGCGUUCACAACAUCUGCUAAAAACUUUCCAAACUUACGGGGCGUCGGUCUCAGCAUUCCACUUGCGUGUUUUGCCCUAUCGGCAAGUAUUUUUUCCUUAGUCAAUUCACUCUUCUUUAAAGACGAUACCUAUCGCUUCCUUGUGUUCAUCGCCAUAUCGACUGGUCUAUGUCAAUUCAUUGGAGCAUAUCUAUUGGAUCCUAUUUCUCUUGAAUCGAUAACAGACAGUGAUUCGCGUGAUGAUUUGAAUGAGACAACACAACGAUCAUCGGAUGCAUCUGUCGAAGCGGAAACUAGUGGGCAUGGAGAGAACAGGCAACUAGUACAGAAUGAGGAGACUCCGUCUUUGAGACGUCUUUCUGGUGUGCAGAGUUUGGAAAUUAACACUGACUCUCAGUUGGAACAGAAUGAGGAGACUCCAUUAUUGAAACGUCUUCCUACUGAGCCUGAUAUUAGCGGACGGCGAUUGUUAUUAAAUGGUGACGCUCAGUUGCUAUUUUUGGCUAUUUUCUUUCUUGGUGGGGCUGGAUUAAUGUAUAUCAACAACGUGGGCACUAUAGUCAAAUUACUUUACGUUUCGUCAUCCGGAAAUAGUCCCAACCCGUCACAUGAACUUCAACACAUUCAGAAUCUUCAUGUCUUUUUAAUAUCAAUUUUUUCAUGCAUCGGUCGCCUGUCCACUGGAAUCUCAUCGGACAUAACAAAAUCAAGCGAGUGGUUUGGGUUAAAGCAGUUUGGAUUCAACUGGGGAAUAAUGACCUGUGUAAGUACUGCAAAAGUGAGAGUGUUUCGUGAACAUGGAGAGUGGGCUUUUGCUAUUGGUAGUCAGGUGUUUGGAUGUGCGACAUCAAUAUUCGUCUCCUCUGGUCUAUUGCGGCGGGUCAUAAAGAAGGAUAGACGUCGUUUGUUGCAAGAUGAAUGA